GAAAGUCUACGUCCAGCAGAGGAACAGUCACAUCUUCUUCCUGGCAGACAGAAGUCAGACGCUCGCUUCAUGUAAAAAGGAGCUGGAUUCUAUGAAAAAGGAACUGCAGGACAUCUGAGGGCACAGCACCACCACGAUGUGCGGGAUUUUCUGUGCGCUGAGUCUGGCGUCCGCUCACUUCCAGAGGAACCAAACAGUUUAUGAACAUUUAAAAAAAAGAGGUCCCGACUCGAGCCGGGAGCUCGCUGUCACAGGCUCAGAUCUCAGCUACCGCUGUUUAUUCUCUGCUCAUGUUCUUCAUAUGAGAGGCCUCCUCACUGCUCAGCCGCUUCAAGACGACGCUGGAAACAUCCUGCUGUGGAACGGAGAGAUUUUUGGCGGCCUGCCGGUGACGCCAGAGGAGAACGACACCGCAGUUGUAGCUCAACGGCUGUCGUCUUGCAAUUCCCUUUCAGAGGUUCUCUCUGUCCUGUCUGCUAUUCGUGGACCAUGGGGGUUUGUUUAUUAUCAGAAGGCAGGAGACUACCUCUGGUUUGGCCGAGACUUCUUUGGUAGGCGGAGCUUGCUGUGGAAGUUUGACAUAGAGGCCGGGGAACUGACUCUGACUUCUGUGGCUGCUCACGUUUCUGGUCCCGCUCAGUGCGUAUGGCAGGAAGUCCCGGCAGCUGGUGUGUACAGGGUUGACCUGAAGACAGCUGCAGAAGCUGGCAGUGUGGCAUUUGAGGUUUACCCAUGGGCUCCUGCUGGAAGUGAUGGCACCUUGUCUCACGUGUUGGAGUCUGUACCGAGGGGUUGCAGUGCUGCGAUGAACCAGUCAGGUCUUAAACUCGCCUCACCUGUUUCCCCUCUGAAUGUGUCGCUUCCAAAUUCAUUAAACAAGACUGAAAUUCGCUGGAACUCACAUUUGUCUGUGGAGGAUCUGCAGGAGCUGCUGGCCAGCGAGGAGAAAACUGAUGAGGUGAAACAUCUCAUCGAUGUUCUCAGCGAGGCGGUGAGGAGACGCGUUCAGUCUCUGCCUUUCAGGGCUCAAAACUGCUUACCUCCUGCUACUGACUGCGCUAGUGUUGCCAUACUUUUCUCAGGAGGCAUCGACUCUAUGAUCCUGGCUGCUUUAGCUGACCGUCACAUACCUGCUCAUGAGCCCAUAGACCUGCUCAACGUGGCCUUUAAACUACAGGAACCCAGAAAGCAGAAUGAGUCCUCAAAGAAGCCCAAAAAGUCCAAAAAUAAGUUGACAGAUUCAAAAACCGAUCGGGGAAAUUCCCAAGUGUUCGUCCCCUUUGACGUUCCUGACAGAAUCACUGGAAGAGCUGGGCUCAAGGAACUACAAGAUCUGAACCCUGAGAGGAAGUGGAACUUUGUAGAGAUCAACGUAACGCAGGAGGAGCUGCAGGAAAAGCGCCUGGAGCGCGUUUGUCACCUGGUGCAUCCACUGGACACGGUGCUGGAUGACAGCAUCGGCUGUGCCGUGUGGUUCGCUGCAAGAGGGGUGGGGUUCAUUACGGAGGGCGACCGCCAGAGGGCGUUCACAUCGUCCGCAAAGGUCAUUUUGACAGGAAUUGGAGCAGAUGAGCAGCUGGCGGGUUACUCCAGACACAGAGUCCGGUUUAAGACCUCUGGACACGAAGGCCUCAUCCAGGAGUUGGCCAUGGAACUGGGCCGGAUCUCAUCCAGGAAUUUGGGCAGAGACGACAGAGUGAUUGGGGACCACGGCAAGGAAGCGCGGUUUCCAUACUUGGACGAAGACGUGGUGAGCUACUUGAAUUCUCUUCCUGUGUGGCGGAAGGCUGAUCUGUCGCUUCCCCGAGGAGUUGGCGAGAAACUCCUCCUGAGGCUGACGGCGAAGCGGCUGGGGCUCGGCCAAUCGGCCGUCCUGCCCAAAAGAGCCAUGCAGUUCGGUUCCCGCAUCGCAAAGAUGGAGGACAGCCGUGAGAAGGCCUCAGACAAAUGCACAAGACUCCACAUCGUUUAGAUUAAUAAAACAAAAUUUAUAGAAGAUAUUCAUUAUAAAGCCAAAGGUGUAUUUACAGUCACAUGAUAAUUUUCUUCUUGGAUCAGUUUUAACAUGAAAUAAUAAAUUUCCUUCUACUUCA